AUGGGCGCCGAUAUGGAGGCCGCCCCGGUCCUCUCCACCCCGGACGACCGCAUCCUCGAAGCCACCGACCCCGUCCCGAACCGCAGUCCCGUCUCCGACGAAGAAAUCGCCAUCACCUAUGACAUUGAACGCACGCUCAAGGAGAUCCGCCAGGCGCGGUAUAAGCGCAUUGCGCUGCAGUUUCCGGAUGAUAUGCUCCCGGAUGCGCCGAGGGUGUUCCAGCUUCUUAAGUCGGUGGCUCAGUUGAAGGUGGACGAGGCUGAGCCUGCGCCCAGGUUGUAUAUCCUGGCAGAUACUUCCUACGGAACUUGUUGCGUGGAUGAGGUGGCGGCUGAGCAUGUGGAUGCCGAUGUGGUCGUGCAUUACGGCCGGUCGUGUUUGUCGCCGACGGCCAGACUCCCUGUGAUUUAUGUGUUUACGCAUAAGGAGUUGGCGCUGGAGAAGGUCGUGCGUGCGUUCAAGGAGACGUAUCCGGAGCUGGAUACGAAGGUUAUUCUGGCGGCUGAUGUGACUUACUGUGAUCAUGUCCCCGCAGUGUAUGAGGCUCUGGUGAAGGAGGGGUAUACGAAUCUGUUUGCGACGGAGGUGCUUCAUGACCCUUCGUCUGCUAUUCCGAACCGGACGGUGCCGGAGACGGUGCGCGAGAGUCCCGAGUCUCUGGCUGAGUGGCAGCUUUUUCACAUCUCUGAUCCGCCUACUGCGCUGCUUCUCACCCUUGCUUCUCGCGUGGCGGCUAUCUACAUCUAUCCUACGGAUAAGCCGGGCCAGGAUGUUAAGCCCCUGCCCGCGUCCACGGCCGCCGCCUUGCGCCGUCGCUAUGCUAUCCUGACGUCCUUGAAUACCGCCCCGAUCUUUGGUAUCCUGGUCAACACGUUGAGUGUGAAGAAUUACCUGCAUAUUGUGGAUCAUGUUCGGGAACGGAUCGCGGCGGCCGGGAAGAAGAGUUAUUUGUUUGUGGUGGGCAAGCUGAACGCGGCUAAGGUGGCUAACUUCAGCGAGAUCGGCGGCUGGGUGGUCAUCGGAUGCUGGGAAAGCUCCCUCGUUGAUAGUCGGGAUUUCUGGAAACCGGUUAUCACGCCGUUUGAGUUGGAGCUUACCCUGAAGGGGGAUACGGAGCGGGUCUGGACGGGAGCCUGGCAGAGUGAUUUCCAGACUGUCCUGGAUCAGUCCGCUGCUGAGGCAGAGAAUGGAGAUGCGUCGACGAACGGUGCUGUGCCCGGGGAGGAUGAGGAUGAGAUGUCCGAGCCCGAGUCGGCUCCGCCAGAAUUCGACUUGCGCACUGGCCGGUAUGUCUCGCAUUCCCGGCCCAUGCGAAACCCUGCACCCCGCGUUUCUGCCUCAGGAGAAGAGGGUGCUGCCUCGUCAGCAUCAGCUGGAGGUCCAUCGGCAGCGCGAGCCCUGGCCAGACGAGCCAAAGGGGAUCUCGCGAUGAUCGGCGGGACCAUCUCCCCUGGAGCGGAAUUCCUUCGGUCGCAACGGACGUGGAAGGGGCUGGGCAGUGAUUUCGAUAUCCAGUACGAGGAAGAGGAGGACGCGAAGGAUAGCACACUGGUGGUGGAAGGGCGCAAGGGUAUUGCAAGGGGAUAUACGGUAGGAGAAACAAUAGAGCGACACUAG